GUCGGUAUCCCAGAAUCCUUGGAGAAGAAGAAGCGCGUUCUUGCGUUCUACUUGCAGUUAGGCGUGGAACGUUUAGGAAACGUGGUCUGGUUCUUGGCGGAAAGGCGUGCUCAUUUGUGCUUUGCCCGCCGCCGUGUAGCGGGCCUUUGGGAGCCGUAAAAUUUUUUUUUACACAGGGAUAAGAUUGGUGGCCGGCCGCGCGGCACGCUGACCCGGCCUCACCAUGUUGGUGCUAUUUGAAACGUCCGUGGGCUACGCCAUCUUUAAGGUUUUAAAUGAGAAGAAACUUCAAGAGGUUGACAGUUUGUGGAAGGAAUUUGAAACUCCAGAAAAAGCAAAUAAAAUAGUAAAGCUAAAACAUUUUGAGAAAUUUCAGGAUACAGCAGAAGCAUUAGCAGCAUUCACAGCUCUGAUGGAGGGCAAAAUUAAUAAACAGCUGAAGAAAGUUCUGAAGAAAAUAGUAAAGGAAGCCCAUGAACCUCUGGCUGUAGCUGAUGCUAAACUGGGAGGGGUCAUAAAGGAAAAGCUGAAUCUCAGUUGUAUCCAUAGUCCUGUUGUUAAUGAACUUAUGAGAGGAAUCCGUUCACAAAUGGAUGGAUUAAUUCCUGGGGUAGAACCACGUGAAAUGGCUGCUAUGUGUCUUGGAUUGGCCCACAGCCUGUCUCGCUACAGAUUGAAGUUCAGUGCUGACAAAGUAGACACAAUGAUUGUUCAGGCAAUUUCCUUGUUAGAUGACUUGGACAAGGAACUAAACAACUAUAUUAUGAGGUGUCGAGAAUGGUAUGGCUGGCAUUUCCCUGAAUUAGGAAAAAUUAUUUCAGAUAACUUGACAUACUGCAAGUGUUUACAGAAAGUAGGCGAUAGGAAGAACUAUGCCUCUGCCAAACUUUCUGAAUUGCUGCCAGAAGAAGUCGAAGCAGAAGUGAAAGCAGCUGCAGAAAUAUCUAUGGGAACAGAGGUGUCAGAAGAGGACAUUUGCAAUAUUCUGCAUCUUUGCACACAGGUAAUUGAAAUCUCUGAAUAUAGAACCCAGCUCUAUGAAUAUCUACAAAAUCGUAUGAUGGCCAUUGCACCCAAUGUUACAGUCAUGGUUGGGGAAUUAGUUGGAGCUCGGCUUAUUGCUCAUGCAGGUUCUCUUUUGAAUUUGGCCAAACACGCAGCUUCUACAGUUCAGAUUCUUGGAGCAGAAAAGGCACUCUUCAGAGCCCUCAAGUCUAGACGAGAUACGCCUAAAUAUGGUCUCAUCUAUCAUGCUUCACUUGUAGGCCAGACAAGUCCAAAACAUAAAGGAAAGAUUUCUCGCAUGCUGGCAGCCAAAACUGUCCUGGCUAUCCGCUAUGAUGCCUUUGGUGAGGAUUCCAGUUCUGCAAUGGGAGUUGAGAACAGAGCCAAAUUAGAAGCCAGGUUGAGAACUUUGGAAGAUAGAGGGAUAAGAAAAAUAAGUGGAACAGGAAAGACAUUAGCAAAAGCAGAAAAGUAUGAACAUAAAAGUGAAGUGAAGACUUAUGAUCCUUCUGGUGACUCCACACUUCCAGCCUGUUCUAAAAAACGCAAAAUAGAACAAGUAGAUAAAGAGGAUGAAAUUACUGAAAAGAAAGCCAAAAAAGCCAAGAUUAAAAUUAAAGUUGAAGAGGAGGAAGAAGAAGAAGUGGUAGAAGAGGAGGAGACAUCUAUGAAGAAGAAGAAGAAAAAGGACAAAAAGAAACACAUUAAGGAAGAACCACUUUCUGAGGAAGAGCCAUGUACCAGCACAGCAAUUCCUAGUCCAGAGAAAAAGAAGAAAAAGAAAAAAAAGAAAGAUAAUCAGGACUAAAGAAAGGAUUCAUAAUUGUAUCACCUGGACACAUCAUGCUUAUGGUUCAGUUGGGAGUAUACCAGAGAUGCUCUCUGGUAUACAUAAUCCAGGGACGGUUGAAUGAAACAAAGUGAUUAAUUAUCUAUAACUUUUAAAAGAACCUAUUUGUGUCUUACCAUCAACUCUGUUAACCAUAUUAUGUCAUCAUUUCUUAGAGUCUUUGAUAACACAAAUAAAAUUUUCUUUGUAUUUUAAA